GGUCGUGCCGGAAGUCGCUCUGGCUCGACGCCUGGGUGACGUGAGGAGUCUUUGCCUGGCUUUGUUGUCAAGGGGCCGCGGCAUCACCCAGCCCUCUCCCCCUUCCCUUGCAGCAGCCAUGGCGAAAGGCAGAGCCGCCGAGCGCUCUCAGACCAGCGCCCUCCACGCGAACGCAGUGAGGGACGGGACGGCGGGGACGCGGGGGCCCGCGGCGCCGGGCAGCGGAGCCCACCUGAAGGAAAAAGCUCAGGCAGAAGCUGGGUCAGCAAGAAUGUCACUGCUUAUAUUGGUGUCCAUUUUCCUGUCUGCAGCUUUUGUUAUGUUUUUGGUAUAUAAAAAUUUUCCUCAGCUUAGUGAAGAAGAAAGACUGAAUAUGAAGGUUCCCAGAGAUAUGGAUGAUGCCAAGGCUCUAGGCAAAGUUUUAUCCAAAUAUAAGGACACCUUUUAUGUACAAGUACUUGUAGCUUAUUUUGCUACAUAUAUUUUCUUGCAAACAUUUGCUAUUCCAGGCUCUAUAUUUCUCAGCAUUCUCUCAGGGUUCCUGUAUCCCUUUCCACUAGCCUUGUUUCUUGUUUGUUUGUGUUCUGGACUUGGUGCCUCAUUCUGCUACAUGCUGUCCUAUUUAGUUGGUCGACCAGUUGUGUACAAAUACCUAACAGAGAAAGCAGUCAAAUGGUCACAGCAGGUUGAACGUCAUAGAGAACAUCUCAUUAACUACAUUAUAUUUUUGAGAAUAACACCAUUUCUGCCUAAUUGGUUUAUUAAUAUUACAUCUCCUGUGAUAAACGUGCCAUUGAAAGUUUUUUUUAUUGGCACUUUUUUAGGUGUUGCACCUCCCUCUUUUGUAGCAAUUAAGGCAGGAACAACGUUGUACCAGCUGACGACAGCAGGGGAAGCUGUUUCCUGGAACUCAGUAUUUAUUUUGAUGGUUUUGGCUGUUCUUUCUAUCCUUCCAGCCAUUUUCCAAAAAAAACUGAAACAAAAAUUUGAGUGAAAAGUUACCUAGGUUUUAAAUAUCCCAUAUCAUCAUCAUCAUCAUCAUCAUCAUCAUCAUCAUCAUCAUCAUCAUCAUCAUCAUCUCAGGAUUAGCAGAUGCAUCCAUUUGUGA